AUGAAACCCAUCUCAAGAUCCUUCAAAACUGAAGCAUUCCACAAGUAUCUAAAGCCUGGAGCUUUAGCGCAAUUAAGAGACUCCAAAAUCAAUGCCAGAUCCAACAAACUCAACUCAGUCCGACUUGAAUCAGUCCCAACUCAGAUUCCAAGCCAAACCCAGAUCCAAAUUUCAGAUUUUGAUCAAAUCCCAAGGUUCCUCAAUAAAAUCUAUGGAGGUCCAUUUUGUCUCCAAAGGAAGAAGCUUUUGGCUUCCAAAUCUGUUUUGCCGGUCAAUUUGGGGACUUCUAGUCAAACUUUAGAAUCUAGGGAGAACAAUAAUAAUAAUAGGAAGAGUAGAAGUAAUAGAAAUGGUGAAAAUUUGUUGAUUAAUGUGUUAAAUUCUGAUGUUGUUGCUCAUUGA